CGGCGCUCCCGGCGCGGUUCCGGCGGAGCUCCCGCAGGUCUCCUCUGAAUGUCUGGUGGGGUAAAAGCUGCGUGAAGAUCUCCAGAGCUGCAAGGUUUGCUGUCCCCACUCACGUGGGCUCCCUGGUCUGUGUCACCUGUUUUCCUGUUCAGCAUUUCCUUGGAUGAUGGUGCUCUGUUUUCUGAGCAGAGCCCUGCCACGAGCCAGGCAUUCACCCUGCCCACUGGGAAGACAGCUCUGCUCAGCCAGCACGAAUAAGCCAGUGUUGACUUUAUUCACCAAGAAACCAUGCCCUCUGUGUGAUGAAGCAAAAGAAGUUCUUGAGCCAUACAAGAGAAGGUUUAUUCUGCAGGAGGUGGAUAUUACCCUUCCAGAGAACUCAGCGUGGUAUGAUAAAUACAAAUAUGACAUACCUGUUUUUCACUUAAAUGGGAAGUUCCUAAUGAAGCAUCAAGUCGACAUUCAGAAAUUUGAAGACCAACUUAGGAAGCUGGAGUUGCAAAAUGAGGGAAACCAGUGAAGAAAAUGCAGCAGAUCACAAAGGUGAAACGAACUUUGUGGGAAAAAAACAUAUUCCUUAUCUGGCUUUACAUUUCUUAGGACAUAUGAGUCUGAAAAACUUGAGUGCCUUGUCUUCUGUUUUGUAUUAAUCACCCAGCCCAGCUGCACCACUUUUUCUGUGCUGUUCCUUUGCUGCUCUCGUGGGCUGGUGUUUUCCCUGACAGAAUAAAAGCUGCUCCACAACAGCAGAUAAAGUAAACUCUGUUUGUAUGGGGUUGGCAUGGCCAGGUUUGGGUAGUGGGGGGUGUUUCUCUGAGAAGAUGCUGGAAGCUUCCCCUGUGUCCAGCCAGCUCCAGGAGGGAUCCUCUGGCCACAUCCCAGACCAUCAGUGAUGAGGAAGAACAAGGAGAGAAUGUUUAAUAAAAUUACCACAAGCCCCAUUCUCCAUCUCCCUGCACCACUGAGGGGAAGGAGUAAGAGAGAAAAUGGAGAGUGAAGUUAAGCCUUGGAAGAAGAAGGGAAAGGUGGGAUAAAGGAGUUUUAAAGAUUUAGUUUCCUUUGUCUUUAUCCUACUGUGAUUUGGUUGGUAAUAAACAAAUUUCCCUAAGUCUCUUCUUCCUGAUCAGUGACAUGUGGCUGAUCUCUGUGUUCUCAUUUCGGCCCACGAGGUUUUUAUUGUAUUUUCCCUCCUCUGCCCAGCUGGUGAAGGGACUGAUAGGGUGACUUUUGUGGGUGUGUGGCAUCCAGCCAGGAUCAGUGUUUAAGAGAUGAUUAGCACGUGUAGACAUAGAUUAGACUGUAGGUGAGUAGGAGAAUUCCUAGAAGAAGUCUAGGAGACUAAUCUAAAUGACAAUUCAAAUAGAAAAUAGGGCAUUUACUGUUGAGUUAAAAGGACACUUGAUUAAAGACCACACACUCACUGGAAUUGUAUCUGUGAAAUGAUCAUCACAAUUUGAUACAGUUAUUGCUAACACCUCACAGUGAAUAGUUUGUUUUUCACAUUUCAGUUCUGUCUGCCACACAGCUGCAAAUCCAUUUAUCAAGUGGCAAGAAUGCCAUUUUUUCAGGAAUGAUGCAGUUACAUUAGUUACAUAGGCAAUGCAGGCCAGUGAAGGAGACAGAAUGCCCAAGUUAAACAUUAUUUCCAGGAAGAAGAGAAUGACAGAUUCAGGAAAAGACAGCCAUUUUAGGUUAAAUAAUCUGUAGCAGACUGCAGAGAGUUGCUGGUAUUUUUGGUGUACUUAAUAGAUUCUUUAACAA